AUCAAAUGGGCGGCCAUACAAAUAAGGCCGGAACUUAGUAAGAGCCCAGAUGAUCGCCAGACAUUCGUUUUCCGUGACAGUGCAGUUGGUCUCGGCUUUCGUAAGGGUGCGACUGGCAUAGGCCACAACAUGUUCAGGAAAACCAGGUUUGCGCUGCCCAAGGAGAGCGCAAACCGUCGGGCCGUUGGGUCAUAAUGGUGCGAAAUUGGGGGAGUCGUCAGCAAACGACGGAGAUUUGUGAACGCUUCCUUGCACUCUGACGACCACGAAUGAAGGGGUCCGUUGCUUCCAAGGAGCUUCGUCAGAGGUGAUAUGAUGGCGGCGAAAUUUCGAAUGAAGCGUCGGAAGUAGGAACACAAACCUACGAAACUUCGCAGUUCUUUGAUAGACGUAGGUUUAGGGAAUUCGGCACGAAGCUUGGCUGGAUCGGGGAGAAUUCCAUCCUUGGAAAUGACGUAACCCAGUAUCGUCAGCUGCCGCGCUGCAAAUCGGCACUUCUUGAAAUUUAGUUGUAGGCCAAACACGUCUCAAACACGUCAAAACACGCCGGAGGCGUUGAAGGUGCGUGGAGAAGUCCGGAGCAAAAACAACGACGUCAUCAAGGUAGCACAAGCACGUGUGCCAUUUCAAGUCGUGCAGAACGGUAUCCAUCAUGUGCUCAAAAGUUGCUGGCGCAUUACAAAGUCCAAACGGCAUGACAUUAAAUUCGUAUAAGCCGUCGGGCGUGACAAAGGCUGUCCUCGGUCAAUCGUCAUCUGCCAUAGGUCCUUGCCAAUACUCUGAGUACAGAUCGAGAGAUUAAAAAAGUUCUGUUCCUUGUAGGCUGUCAAUAGCGUCGUCAAUUCGUGGAAGCGGGUAAACGUCCUUACGUGUGAUCUUGUUGAGGCGCCGCCAGUCCACACAAAACCGAACAGAACCAUCUUUCUUCAUAAGAAGGAUGACGGGAGAUGCCCAUAGACUGUGGGAAAGUCGGAUCACUUCGUGGCGGAGCAUAUCGGCCACUUGUUCAUUAAUUGCGCGACAUUCUGUAGCCGAUACACGAUAUGGGCGUUGCCGCAAUGGCGAUUGAGAGCCAGUAUCAAUGUGGUGCGUAACAGUUGAGGUCCGGCCCAGGGAAGGUUGCCUGACGUUGAAAGAAGUACGAAAUUCUUGUAAGAUGAACAGAAGCUGUGAUCGCUGGGCCGGUGUAAGGUCAUCGGCAAUAGAAGAAUCGAACACAUCUAUGGGCAAUGGAUCAGCCGUAGAAAUCGAGCUGAUCGUACUGUAACGGGCACAGUAUGUGUCUUCGGGAACGUCCAUAAUUUGUACGUCUUCAAUAGCUUGGACACUGCCCAGACAUUCUCCUCGGAGUAGCAGCACAGGGUACGGGAAUGGGUUACAAAUAAAUAUAGCACUCGAGCCCUGUGUGAUGUUCACCGUCGCAAAAGGUAGCAGUAGACCUUUUCGAGUGGAAAAGCGGCCAGACGGAGAAAGUAGUGCGACGGCGUCGGAGAGGCUGCUGCAGUACAUAGAGACAACCACUGAUGAGUUGGGAGGAACGGUGGUGUCGUGUCUGACGAGUAGUUUGUUGGGAAGAGAAGCAUUGUCGGCGAGCAUCAAAUCUGAGAGCGGCGACAGUUCUAGCUCGGCCCGUGCGCAAUGAAUGACGGCAUUGUGGUGGCGGGAGUGAAAAUCCCAGCCGAGGAUAACGUCAUGGGAGCACGACGAAAUGACAAUAAAUUCGAUGGCAUAUACAAGGUGCUCAAUGACAACACGAGCUGUGCACGCCACCAACGGGUGAAUACGUUGUGAGCUGGCUGUGCCGAGGGAGAGUCCAUUAAGGGGCAUCGUGACUUUCCGAAUCAAGCGACAAAGUUUUGCGUCGAUAACUGUUAUGGCGGCUCCGGUGUCCACGAGUGCAGGUGUGUGAACACCAUCAACAAACACAUCUAUCACAUUCGUCGGGCUACCCUGUGGACUUUCGCGUUUCGCUGGUGGCGACAGUCAAACGAGACACAGCUUUCAAGCACGAGCGCCGUUGUGAGCAAAAGCACUGGACCCACUAGCGUCUGGGCCCUUAGAGCCGGACCCACUAGUGUCUCUUCGCUAUACUUCAUAAAGAGGAUUGAAUCACCCACUCGAAUUACAUGCAUUAUUUAUUGGCAGCAAGCAUUUCAAGAAAAAAAGAAAAAUAUUUUGACGUUGCUACCGCCAUGCCGCAUCUCAAACUGCCACGUAAAGCAUGGUAGUGCCUUCACCAAAGUGGUACUCUGUAACGAUACAUAUCACUCAGAAGUAAAUUGGAAGUAAUUUAGGUUAGCUGAAUGUUCAACUUAUCCUAAGCUUAAUGUUUGUGCUCUAUUCCUUGCUGCCACUGCACAGAAAUGGCAAAAAUAGGUCGUGUCCACAAAUGUGGACGCCAUGGCUGAAGGGCCUAAACUUUGGGAAUACUUUUUCUGUUCGUAUAUUGUGUCUCGAUACCUGCUGAAGCCUUUAUAAAGGCUAGAGCAGUGCGGCUAAAUAAAUUGCAUAAAUUACAGAGUUCGGAACUGAGCUGUGGAGAGGCUGCGGCGUCUUGUCCAAGCUGGAAAAGUCGGUUGCAGUGCCUAGGACAUCCGAGUCCCUGUGCUUCGCACUUCAGCUCAUUGCCGUCUUCGGAAAGCUUGAACCGAUGUUUGCAUCGCUUCACAACGACAGUCGUGUGCUGAAGGCCUUGAGUAGACUGGGUGAAAACGCCAAUGAGAAUGAACAGAUAUCGUACCUGAAAGCAGUGACGUCCUUCCUUAGUCACCAAUCUGGGCGGGCCUGGUGCAUCGAACAAGGUGUCUCGUCGAAGGUGUUCCAGUGUCUUCAGCAUCCUAGCAUCCUUGUCCAGCGCUUGGCUGCCACAUUUUUUGUUAAACUCCUGAAGUCACACCUCAGGGAAGGUGACUGCGAGAAGGUUACAACAUUUGUAAACAAGAUCUUGACAGAGGAGCUACCACCGAUACAGCGUAGAAAGUGCUUGCACGUAGUUCGUUCCUUACUUGAAAACAACCCACAACUUAGCAAAAAGCUUUGCUCCGAGUUUGAUGUCCACCGGCGCCUUCUUGCUUGCUGUGUUGCGUGGAUGGCGACCUCUGAAGCAGUCAUAUCAGCAGCUGCAGUUGUCCUCGUCAAGCUAGCAUCUGAUAUGCAGGAUGUCGGCUUCUUUGAAGAAGCCCUGGAUUUGUUGAGCAGAUACAAGUUUGUCAGCAUCAAUUUUGCAGCCAGCUUUAUUACUGAUAGCGCCAGUAUUCGGCCAUGCAUCAGCAAGGAAACUGAACUAAAGAUUGCAGAAAUCCUGACGGGUCCAAUAGCCGCAAAGGAGUCUGAGCUUGGAGACAAGCUGUUGGUGCGAGCAGCUUGGGCGUUGAGAGGAGCGCUGCCACACUUUGUCCACCCGGUAUGUGUAGACAAGAUGACUUUCUUUUUUCGUUGAACUGUGUAAUCUCCUGUGAAAUAGCUUACCUAGAAAUCUUAAAGUGCUCCUGAACCAUUUUGAGCUUGCCAAUUUGUUGUAUAUAGUGCUAGCUGUGUACCUGUCUGCAGUAGCUCAGUGGCCCCUCUAGGCUGCUGGUUCAAUCCCAGCUGCUGUGGCCGUAUUUUGAUGGAGGCAGAAUGAAAAAAAAUAAAAAUAAA